AUGCCUCCCAAGUCGUCCGUCGCUUCCAAGGCUCCCGCCUCGCAGGCCUCGAAGGCCCCCGCCGCCGCGUCCAAAGCCCCUGCUAAGGCUGCCAAGACGUCGUCCACCAAGGAGGGCGGCAAGAAGCGCACCAAGAAGCGUGUCGAGUCGUACUCUUCGUACAUCUACAAGGUCCUGAAGCAGGUCCACCCCGACACUGGUAUCUCCAACAAGGCCAUGGCUAUCCUCAACUCCUUCGUUGCCGACAUCUUCGAGCGUAUUGCCACUGAGGCGUCCAAGCUCGCGUCGUACAACCACCGCUCGACCAUCUCGUCGCGUGAGAUCCAGACUGCCGUCCGUCUCAUCCUUCCCGGAGAGCUCUCGAAACACGCCAUCUCUGAGGGAACCAAGGCCGUCACCAAGUUCACCACCAACAACAAGGCCAUGGCUAUCCUCAACUCCUUCGUUGCCGACAUCUUCGAGCGUAUUGCCACUGAGGCGUCCAAGCUCGCGUCGUACAACCACCGCUCGACCAUCUCGUCGCGUGAGAUCCAGACUGCCGUCCGUCUCAUCCUUCCCGGAGAGCUCUCGAAACACGCCAUCUCUGAGGGAACCAAGGCCGUCACCAAGUUCACCACCAAGUAA